AUGACCGAACCGCAGGUCCCGACCGAUGCUGCGGGCACCAAACCCGCAGGUCCCUCACUUUUGGCCUGCCUCUUGUGUCGUCACAAGCAUCUGAAAUGCGAUGGCCAAACGCCCACGUGCGGCCGCUGCGCCCUGACCAACUCCGAUUGCCAGUACACCAAGUCACGGCGAGGCUACAAGGGCCCGUCGAAGAAGCGCCGCGCCAAUCCCGAUUCCCCAGACCUGCAGCCGGUCGACCCCGCCGCCAUGCUCGAUGUCCCCGUGGAUUGGAGUCUACAGCCCGGAUUCGCCUAUGUACCGACAAUACCACUGCUCUCUUCUGGGAGUGGUAGCCCCGCGAUGACCGAUAUGCCUGCGACAAUGGUGCCCUCGGUGCGCCAAGUCAAUGGACCUCCGACCCCCGACUCCUCAUCCUCCCUCGGCAGCGACAACUACCUUCUUGAUAUCUAUUACACUUAUUUCCACUCGGCCCAUCCCAUUCUGCCACCCAUCCGGUUUCUCUAUCGCACCCCUUUCCCGGCCUACCUCGAGCAAGUCAUGAAAUUUGUCGGCUCCCAUUUCACGCCGGCCGCCUCGAGUGAAGUAUACCGUCCUACGGUGGUCGCGCUGGUCCAAAGCCAAGAACCCACAGUUGAAAAAGUCCAGGCACUGCUUCUGUUAGCGAUUGUACUCCACUCGCGCAAUGAGCGCGCCGAGGCGGGCGAGUGUCUGGCUGCUGGCGUGGACCUGGCAUUCGAGCUCGGUUUGCACCAGGUCAGCUACGCCGAAAUCGCCAGCGGCGGCGAUCCGAUCCGUGCAGAGUGUCUGCGGCGCACGUGGUGGGAGCUGUUCAUCGUUGAAGGCAUGCUGACGGCCCUCGGCGUUCAGCGCGUAUACCGCACCAAUCUGCUCCCACACGAGGUCCCGCUUCCCUGCGAGGAACGCAUUUACCAGGAUGGGCUGGCUCCACCGCCACCGCCGACCAUUCUCCAGUUCGAUGAGCGCGUCUUCGCAGAUGAAGAACGCGACUUUUCUUCGUACUGCUAUCGGAUUGAGGCCGUGCGGAUCCUGGCUCGCGUGGUGGCAUUGCAGGACAUGGUCGAAGGCCAGCAGGACCAGGUCGAAUCCAUUGAUGCACGCAUUGCCAGUUGGUUCCACCACCUACCCGAGUCCAAGGCAGAGCUCCUGCGCCCGGACGGUUCCGUAGACGAGAUCAUGUUCCAGGCGACCAUGAUUGUGAAUGGCGCCGCCAUCUACCUGAACUUUCCGCGCUCCGAUCUCCUUUCGUCCCCGGCGGUUGCCUCGGAGGUUAUCUGUGGUCACCACGGCCCUAUCAGUGUGCCGGCUUUCUCCCAUCACGCCCACGCCAUGAAGGCGGUUAAAGCGGCCAGCGAACUGUCAUCACUCGCUGCCAUGCGCCUGCCUGUCGUGAAGCACACACCCUUCUUCAUCUGUGCGCUGACGCUCAGCUCGAUCGUGCAGCUGGCUGCAUGCUCCGUUAAGGCGGGCCAAAUGCCCGACCCGAGCCGUGACCGUCUCACACUAACCAUCGGUGUCUUUCGGUCACUGGCCCGUACAUGGGCCAUCUCGCAGUCGAUCAUGCGGCAGAUCAAAGCGGUUGCGCGCGAUGUCAUGGAUCUCGGGCUGCGGCCGACUAUGGAUUCGCUUGCUUUUACGACGGUUCUUGAUAACAACCGAUUCUGGGUGCAGGAAGGACCCGGAUAA